CGCUCUGUUGUGUGGUCGUGUGUGCGGUUGUUUGCGUUUUAUUGUUCUUGCGUUUCUGUGUGUAUUAAUUGUUUACAUAUAGGCUGUUCACAAACUGUCUUUGUCUACCGCUGCAGACCACAUUACUUAAAAUGUAAAAAUAUUGAAUGUUGCAUAAAAAGUAUAAAAAAAUAAUUCAAGUUAAAUGUGUUAACAGUUAUUUAAAAUAGUUUGUCUUUUUUUGUGUCCACUGACUCGUCCUGUAUAAAAAGAGUGAAAUUGCCAAGAGCAAAACCAGCAACAACUACUACAAUAUUUCUGUGUGUUGUUCGCAUGAAAAAGCCGCAAUAAUCCAAUUGAGGUUGUUGGUGUUCGUCGGUCAGGCAGGCAGAGGCAGACAGGCGGACAACGCAACGUCACGCCACGCAACCAAAACUCAAAGCCCACCAAAUCCGAAGGGUGGCCCCAAACAGGGACCAACAGCGGCACCCAAUACCAGCAAAACCGUUGCCACUUAACACCCAUCCCAUCCAGAGUCAUGCUACCGAUGCGGGUGAAGCUGCCGGCGUUGGUGCCACUGUUUGUGCUGUUCGCUGCGUGUGCCGUGCAGCAAAUAUCCUGCGAUUACGAGAAUACAUGGAAUUUUUACUACGAGCAGCCCUGUUGCGCCGGCAAUGAGCAGACGCAUUACGCCAAGCACAAGAGAGAUCAUGUGCGUGAAUUUACUUGUGGAAAGCUCUAUUAUCGCACAUUUCACUUGAGUGAAGAGCGGGAUUCGCUUUACGUGGGAGCAAUGGAUCGCGUAUUCCGUUUGAACCUGCAGAAUAUAUCCGCUUCUUAUUGUGAUCGUGAUGUCAUCAACUUGGAGCCCACGCGCGACGAUGUAGUCAGUUGCGUAUCGAAAGGAAAAAGUCAGGUUUUCGAUUGCAAGAAUCAUGUGCGCGUUAUACAAUCCAUGCAACAGGGUGACCGACUCUACGUUUGUGGCACAAAUGCGCACAAUCCCAAGGAUUAUGUCAUCUAUUCGAACUUAACCCAUUUGCCACGUUCUGAAUACGUGAUCGGUGUGGGUCAGGGAAUUGCGAAAUGUCCUUAUGAUCCGCUUGAUAAUUCGACGGCAAUUUAUGUGGAGGAUGGCAAUCCGGGAGGAUUACCUGGCUUGUACUCGGGCACCAAUGCGGAAUUCACAAAAGCGGAUACUGUGAUCUUUCGCACAGAUUUGUAUAAUAUUUCGGCAAAGCGCUUGGAAUACAAAUUCAAGCGCACGCUCAAAUAUGAUUCCAAGUGGCUGGACAAACCGAACUUUGUGGGCUCCUUCGACAUUGGAGAGUACGUGUAUUUCUUCUUCCGGGAGACGGCCGUGGAGUACAUUAAUUGCGGCAAGGCGGUCUAUUCGCGCAUCGCACGCGUUUGCAAAAAGGAUGUGGGCGGCAAAAAUCUUCUUGCGCACAAUUGGGCCACGUAUCUGAAGGCCCGUCUCAACUGUAGCAUCUCCGGCGAAUUCCCCUUCUACUUCAAUGAGAUACAAUCGGUUUAUCAGCUGCCCUCAGACAAGACGCGCUUCUAUGCGACGUUUACAACAAGCACCAACGGAUUGAUCGGUUCGGCUGUAUGCAGUUUUCACAUUAACGAGGUGCAGGCAGCCUUUAAUGGCAAAUUUAAGGAGCAGUCCUCGUCCAAUUCGGCCUGGCUGCCGGUGCUGAACUCGCGCGUGCCCGAACCAAGGCCCGGCACAUGUGUCAACGAUACCUCAAAUCUGCCCGACACUGUGCUGAACUUCAUUCGGUCGCAUCCACUUAUGGACAAAGCCGUAAAUCACGAGCACAACAAUCCAGUCUAUUAUAAAAGGGAUUUGGUUUUCACAAAGCUCGUUGUUGACAAAAUAAAAAUCGACAUAUUAAAUCAAGAGUAUACCGUCUAUUAUGUGGGCACCAAUCUGGGUCGCAUCUACAAAAUCGUGCAGUAUUACCGCAAUGGCGAAUCACUGUCCAAACUGCUGGACAUCUUCGAGGUGGCGCCCAACGAGGCCAUACAGGUAAUGGAAAUCAGCCAGACACGUAAAUCGCUGUACAUUGGAACAGAUCAUCGCAUAAAACAAAUCGAUUUGGCAAUGUGUAAUCGACGUUAUGACAACUGCUUCCGUUGUGUGCGUGAUCCUUACUGCGGAUGGGACAAGGAGGCGAACACGUGCCGUCCAUAUGAAUUGGAUCUGUUGCAGGAUGUGGCCAAUGAGACGAGCGACAUUUGCGACUCGAGCGUGCUGAAGAAGAAAAUAGUUGUCACCUACGGCCAGAGUGUGCACCUAGGUUGCUUUGUCAAAAUACCCGAGGUGCUGAAAAACGAGCAGGUCACAUGGUACCAUCACUCCAAGGAUAAAGGACGGUACGAGAUCAAGUACAGUCCCACCAAAUACAUCGAGACCACGGAAAGGGGCCUAGUUGUGGUUUCGGUGAAUGAGGCUGAUGGCGGGCGGUACGAUUGCCAUUUGGGAGGUUCGUUGCUUUGCAGCUACAACAUAACCGUCGAUGCCCAUAGAUGCACGCCGCCUAACAAAAGCAAUGACUAUCAGAAAAUCUAUUCGGAUUGGUGUCACGAAUUCGAGAAGUACAAAACUGCCAUGAAAUCCUGGGAAAAGAAACAAGCGCAAUGCUCGACACGUCAGAACUUUAGCAGCAAUCAGCACCCAAAUGAGAUAUUUCGCAAGAACAAUGUCUGAUAUCACGAACAACAAAAGUAUGGGAUAACAAUCAUCAGCAGCACGCCACCGGCAACGUCCAUGAAACUUUUUCAAUAAUUUGUAUUUUGUGAAGAGCAGCAGGAGCAGCACCAGCUACAGAGCCAACUGAAAGUUCCCCCAAAAAAAAAACAAAAAACAGAGCAAACGGCAAAUCAAAACUCGAACAGCCUAAUUUUAAACUCACUUGACGACCACAGGAACCACGCCCAUGAUACGUGUACAGCAUCCAAUUGGCGCUGAACUGAUAGCAUUAAGCACUAAGCAUUCACUAUACAACCAACGAACACGCAUACAUACACACACCAACACACCUACACACCUUCAUACAUCUACAUACAUAAAUGCAACUUCCUAAUAUACUCGUACAAGGCACUUUUGAAUAGAAAAAGAAAACAAAAACUUGUUAAACUUUUUGGUAGUUUAGCGCAUACCUACAUGCAUACACCCAUCCAUACAUACAUACAUACAGACAUGCAUGCAUACAUGUACACAUAUAUGCAUUCAUACUUGUAUACAUAUUUACCGUAGCAUAUGAAUAAAUACUUCCAAUACAGUGCAUUUAUUAGCUGGCAUUUAUUAUACAUAUAUGCAUAUUUGUAAUCUGAGCGCUACGAAUGCGCCAUCAGGUUGUAAUAAAUUUAAAGAAAAAAAUCAUAGACAUACAUACAUACAAGUAUAUACCGCAUAAAUGAAAUCCAUAACAAAAAGAACAAAUAGCUAGCAAGUUACAAGAAUUUUAACAAUCAGCUAACACUCGAAACAUGCAAACAAAACAAAAUCACUUCAUAUCGUUAUUAUAAAAUAAAAAUAAAAAACUAAAUGUAAUGCAUACCAUAUAUAUAAGCAUUU